AAUCGUCACCAGAGGGUUAUAGGGGCACCUGCAGAUCAUCAUGAGGGAGUGUCUCUCCAUUCACAUUGGUCAAGCUGGUGUCCAGAUCGGGGAUGCUUGCUGGGAACUGUAUUGCCUGGAACAUGGGAUCCAGCCAGAUGGCUUUAUUCUGGACCAUCAACAUGAUAAUUUGGAAAAUCCUAAAGUGGAACAUAUGAAUGCAUCUUUAGAUACCUUCUUUCAUGAGACAAGUGCUGGGAAGCAUGUGCCUAGAACACUUUUCAUGGACCUAGAACCAACUGUUAUAGAUGGGAUCCGUGUGGGAAGGUACCACUCACUCUUCCACCCAGAACAACUUGUGAAUGGAAAGGAGGACGCUGCCAACAACUAUGCACGAGGUCGCUACUCCGUGGGUUCAGAGGUCAUCGAGCUUGUUCUAGAAAGGAUCCGGAAGCUGGCAGAACAAUGCAGUGGACUUCAGGGAUUUUUGAUUUACCGCAGCUUUGGAGGAGGCACAGGGUCAGGAUUUACAUCUCUCUUGAUGGAGCGACUCUCCGUAGAGUAUUGCAAGAAGAUAAAAUUGGAGUUCUCUGUCUACCCAUCUCCUAGGAUCUCUACUGCUGUGGUAGAACCAUACAAUGCCAUCCUCACCACUCACUCCACCAUAGAAUACUCAGAUUGUGCCUUCAUAGUGGACAAUGAAGCUUUGUACGACAUCUGCCAGCACAAACUUGGCGUUGAACGUCCUUCCUAUGCUAGUAUCAACAGGCUGAUUGCCCAGGUGUCGUCUUCCAUCACUGCAUCACUGCGUUUUGAAGGACCUUUGAAUGUAGACUUAAUUGAAUUCCAGACCAACCUAGUACCUUAUCCAAGAAUCCAUUUCCCCAUCACAGCUCUUGCCCCCAUCAUCUCCGCUGAAAAGGCGUACCAAGAGCAGCUCUCUGUGUCUGAUGUCACUGCUUCUUGCUUUGAGGUCUCCAACCAGUUGGUCAAGUGUGAUCCCAGGCUUGGGAAGUACAUGGCUUGCUGCUUACUGUACAGAGGAGAUGUGGUCCCUAAGGAUGUAAAUGAAGCAAUUGCAGCCAUGAAGUCUAGGACCUCUGUUCAGUUUGUUGAUUGGUGUCCAACUGGUUUCAAGGUGGGCAUCAAUUAUCAGCCACCUGCAGUGGUACCAGGAGGGGAUCUAGCUAGGGUUCAGCGUGCUGUGUGCAUGUUGAGCAACACCACGGCAAUUGUGGAAGCCUGGGCCCGCCUGGACCACAAAUUUGACCUCAUGUAUGCCAAGAAGGCAUUCCUGCACUGGUACAUCACAGAAGGCAUGGAACUUGGGGAGUUUGUAGAGGCCAGGGAAGAUCUGGCUGCUCUGGAAAAAGAUUAUGAAGAAGUGGGUCUGAGUUUCUGAUGAGAAGACCAGGCAAAUGAAUGCUGAGUUAAAAUCUCAUGUUCUGUUUUUUUAUAUACCUAAUGAAUGAGAGGAAAGCAAAACCAAAUCAGCAAGAUGCAAAAUUCAACAUUAAAUUAAAUGUAUUAAUAUCAACAAUAAAGUAAUGUUUUCUUGUGUACAGUAGAAUUCACCUUUGCUAACUGAGAGCCUUCUGGGGAUUAGGAUCAUUUGAACGACUGGGUCUCCUCUAGGUAGAGUAAUUUUAUGUUAGUUCUUAUUUCCUAGGACAAGACUGGCUUUAUUCUUUCCCCUUCCCUAAAACAAAGCAUUAAGGGAAUUUGGAACCGUGAUGUUUCUGCUUCCUCUUUUUUCUCCUGAGGCAGAAAAUACACAGAUUAUGAAUCUUAUUUCUCCAUUAUUUAUGCACUUACUAUCAAUUAAAUCAUAAAUGCUUUUAGAAUAUUUCUUUUUCUUUUUCCAAGUGUGGGCUUUAAGUCCCCAGUUUGCUUUUCAAACAAAAUAAGGAAGAAAGCAAACAAACAAGAAUACUGCUGGUCACUUUUCAGAAUUUGGAUAUGAGUAUCCUGCAGGUAAGAAAGUACGGAUGCCUUCUCUAGGUGGCCUAUCCUGGAGGAAGCUGUAUUUGUUUUACGUGUGUGUGUGUGUGUGUGUGUGUGUGUGUGUGUGUGUGUGUGCGCGUGCAUGUUUGUAUGUCUGCAGGAGUAUGGCAUGUGGCCACGUCAAUUGGCAGCCAGAAGCUUAUGACAAGUGUCUCUCUCAAUCUCUUUCCACUUUGUUUGCUGAGGCAGGGUUUCUCCAUGAACCAGGAGCUCACUGAGGUAGCUAGUCCAGGCAAGUGUGUGCUCUCAGGCCCGGGGAUUAGAGGUGGGCGACCAUGCCUUCUUUGAAUUUAUGUGGAUACUAGAGGUCUGAACUCUGUUUUUUACACUUGUUCACCAAGCACUUUAUCCCCUGGACCAUUUCUCCAACCUCUGCAGGUUAUUGGCAGUUACGUUAUUAUUGCUAUGAGAAUGGAUUAGACAAAAAACAAAACAAAACAAAACAAAACAAAACAAAACAACAGCAACAAAACCAAAAACCUUAACAAAGGUUGUGAGCCACCAUGUGGUUCCUGGAAAUUGAACUAAGGACCUCUGGAAGAGCAGUCAGUGCCAUCUCUCCAGCCUGACUCGUUAUUUUUUUAGGCAUAAGGUAUAAACUUCUGAAAAUGAUGAGCAGAGUCUUUCCCAACUCAUGCCAACCACAAUCCAUUCCUAUCUGUCAUAGUGGUAUCGUAAAAUCCAACCAAGAUAGUCUCUCUCGUUUUCCAGAAUAUUCUCGGCCUAUGGCCAGUGAUGAAAUUCCGAGGUCACUUGCUCUCAGAAACCUUGGAACUCUCCUGUUUUGAGUCCUUUUUGAAUCACCUGAGCAAGGUGGAGCCCCCAUUCCUUCCCACCCAGGAUUUAGGGGUAGCUGAGCUAUGGGAUUUCUCUGUAUUAAAUGUGGUAUUAAGUAGUAAUUGAUGAUUUCCCCUUUGCAUAUCCUAUAUAGUGCUUUACAGUUUUAUUAGGUCCUUUUCUUUUUAAAGCUAAAAUUUAUUACAUUCCUUAAUGUACCUUUGUCAGCUCUUUUUCUUUAGCCACUAGAGGGCAUUGGUAAAGUACAUUCUCACUCACGUACAAAACAUUUGUAGAUUUUAUUUUAUUUUAAAAAUUAACUUCAUAAUAUUCAAGUGAAAACUGUUUUUUAAACUUUAAAAUAAACCUUGUGAAUCCCA